GGGAGGAAGGAACUGUUUGGUGAAAUAAAAUGAAAGGUGGUGGGAUUUUUCUUUCUUUUUUUAUUAUUAUUUAUUAUAUUUCUUUGAGAAGCUCCUCUCCUCUUUCAGACAUCAAAUAUCUUCUUCUUCAGUUCUUCUUCUUCUUCUUCUAAAAAUCAAAGCAAAAACAAAAUUUACUUCCUUUUCUUUUAUUAUUAUUGUUAAAAAUUAAAAAUAAAGAUAGUCUUUUAUGCCCUCCGCCGCAGUCAAAACUAACCAAAAAUAUAUUUUUUUUUUUCUUUUGUCAUCUUCAUCAAUCGAUCUGUCUGUAAUAUCUCUUGUUUCCACUUUACAAUUCCAUGGAAUUUGAUCCCAACUAGCUUAAACCCUUACUUCUCUACAAAAAAACCCAAAAAAGAGAAAUGCAUAACCGCCAUCGGAGUCCGGGAAAUGGCUACAGGUCAUCGGCUUCUUCCUGCUUCGGCGUCGCUCCUCCUCCCCCGCCACCACCGCCGCCUCAGCCGCGCCGCGCCAGCUCCUUUCAGCCGCCGCGCAAAGCCGACGUCUUCGCCGAAGCCGGCCGUCUCGCCGCGGAGUACCUCGUCUCCCAGGGCCUCUUACCCCCAACCGUCCUUUCCUCCUCCUCCUCCGUCGCCGCCGCCGCCGCUUACAAGAGAUCAUUCCUCCGCCCACCGCCACCGCCGCCGGAUUCCGCCGAUAGUCUAGCUGGGGCGGCGGAGGGACGGGCCUCCGCGCUCUCCCGGUUAGGGAAUCCGGCGGUUAGGAGGAGAUUCAACGUUGAUGAGUUCAGGAGUAAGGGCUCCGCAAGGAGAAGACCUUUCCGAGGUUAUGGCUCCUCCGAUUGGGGACGCGAUUAUUCCAGAACUCCCUCUUUUCACGACAGAUUCCCCAGAGAUUCGCCUGAUUUUGAUAUCGAUAGCGACGGCGAUGUCGCUGGCGAUGGCAAUUCUAUUUCGGAGCCGACUCCUCGUCCGGCGGAGAACUUGCCUUCCAAAAACGAAGAAGAACCGGCAAUGGUAGCAGCACCACCAGCACCAACACCUGAUUCUGAUGAUGAUAGUGAUGGUGAAGAUUUGAACUUUAAGCAAACUGAGGGCGAUAAUCCGACAGUUGAAGACUCUGCUGAAAAGCAGAAUUUUGAUAAAGCAUCAUCUUCAAAGAUGAUGGUGGUUGAUAAGAAUGAUGAUCAUGAUGAUGAUCAUCAUUAUGAUCAUGAUGAUUCCUCCAACAAUACUGCUCCUGAUCUUCGAACAAUUUGCAAGUUUGCGAAGGUCCCGUCCACAGUGCGCUAUUCCAAGACGUGGAAGACCGCCCCGAAGGUCGAUCCGAUUCCAAUUCCGGCUUCCGAAGAGGAUAAAGAAGUCUUGGCGUCUGAGAAUUCUUCAGGAAUGCUUACUGUUAAAUCAGCUGCUGAUAAUGUUGGACGAGUUGGCGAUGUUUAUGAUCUCGAGCGCGAAAAUUGCGCGAGCUCAUCAAGACGGGAAAGAGGGGAGAAGCGAGAUUUAGAAGAGGGUGAGGGCGAUGAUAAUGGGCAGGAAGAGAGAGCCAAAAGAGCUAGAGAUUGGCCUCCUUCUUCUGCUGCCUCUGUGGCUAUGGAGGAAGGUGAUUGCUUUAACAACAUAUCUAAUUUGAGUGAAAAACAAGUUGGUUCACGGGAGGACUCAAUGGUGGACAAUUCCCAAUUCUCCAAACAUGGAGAUGAAGAACAUAGUGUCGAGUUUUCGCAGGAGAAGCAGCUCUUCCCAAGCUCGUUCAAGAUCUGUGACCUUAAUCUCAUGGAGGUUUCUGAUGCGCAUGAGAGUCGUGAUGCCAAUCCGAUUAUGAUCUACCCGCCGAUGAAAAGAGAGGCCUCGCCGAUAGACGUCGACUUGUCGAUUAGUAACUCCACUAAUCCAGCUGGGGAGACCAGUAGAAGACCAAUUGAUGCCAAGGAGAUUGAAGUUAUAGACUUGGAAAAUGAUUGUGCACAAGAGGAGAAGGACAUGGUCAUUGAAGAUAGAAAGACAGAGACAGUGUACACUGAUCUGGAGGGCUUCCCUAACCAUGCACAGAACACCGGUGAUAUACCUGAUGUCCAAGAUGGUUAUGGGCUUAUGAUCUCGGAGUUGCUCGGAAACGAUUUCCCAAAUUGUUCUUCUGUACCUGAGAACAUCAAUCCCUUGCAUAACGAUAUCGGUCUUCAUAAUGGAGAGGGGGCUCUUGCCGAUGACGAUUCGAUAUACAUGUCUCUGGGAGAAAUACCAUUAACCUUCUUGAGGCCCUGGGAGCAGCCACCAGCACAGGAGUAUGAAAAGCCCUUUUGACUCAGAUGAUAAUAUAAAUGUCUCGGAUGUAUAAUUUGGUAUGCUUAUUAUUUACAUCAUUGGCGAUUCUGUUGCAAACGUUUCUAUUCCAAUAGCAAAAAAUUGCUUUUCUUGUCAAUUCCACAUUCUGCUUAUAGAGGCUGCAAGAAAAUGUCUCCUUUGGGCAGAGGUUUAGAGAUAUUGAAUAUUACUUUCAUCUUUUUCUUUUCUCCCUUCGGAGAUUCCACUGUUGCGCCUCAUUGUUCGAUGGAAAAUUGAUAAUCGCAUGUAUUAGGAUGUAUUAAUAAGAAAUCCGUGUCUCGACUGUUUUUCCUCA